AGAACUCGGCAUAGUUUCCCCGCCUCCGUUUAGUCGUGACCUCUUCGUCACCACCGCCACAUUAAUCAUAAGAACAAUGCUUGAUGCCGCUCCUUCGCGGUGGCGCUGCGAUGGUGUGUUCGGCCAGGCUUGAAUUGACUUUGGGUCAACGUAUCCUUGGACGACAGUGCCGCUGCAGGCUCAACACGUACCCUGGACGGAUCUUGGUGCAUUUCGUCUUUGUGCGUGUCUGCGCCCCUUAGAUGCGCAAUACAUUUCCAACCGUAUUGGUUCAAUCGUUGCUGAUGGCGGUGCCUGAGGCGGUGGCUGUGGAUCAUGGUCAUGUUUCUUCGUCUGGGGAGUCACGUGCGUCGGUCACACUCAAGACGGUUCCUUCUACGUACGGUGCUGGGGCCGAUCUUUCUUGAGAUGCCGAUUCUCAUGCUGAUGCUGGAGCCGCUCAUCAUGGAGGUACUGGCCAUGCUGUCCGGGUGUUCGCUGCUCUCGUAGAUUUUGGUGGUCAACCGGCGGGUGGUAAAAAGCAUUCAUGAAGAUGCCGUUCAUCAUGGAGGUGGAGGAGCGGACCAUCCCAGCGCUGCAGGUGCUGGUGAGAUUCCUGAGGGUCCUGAUCGUCGGACUGCUCAUGGCGGGCCUGGCCGCGCUAGUGGAGUUCCUGGUUGGGCGGCCGUUCAUGGUGUUGGUACUCCUGAUGUCCCUGGUCCCUUCUAUCGUCGCCCUACCGAUGGCGCCAAAGAUCGCGCCGCCCCUGGGGUUCCUGGCGGUGCUUGUAUUCAUGGUGUCCACGGUUAUUCUUUCGGUCGUCGGCCUGGCAAUAGCGAUCUUGGCCAGGCCCAUGGUGGCCGUAGCGAUUGGGGUGUUCAGAGUCGCCUCGGUGCUUCUGAACGUUGGCUUGCUGCUGACAUUCCUGGGAAUUCUCGUGGCAUUCAUGGUCGCGCGGACGUCACGGAGUUUCUGGUGUGCCUGACCGUCGACUUGCUGAUGGCGUUCGCGGCGGCGCUGGUACUCAUGAUGUUCCUGGCCCCUUCGAUCGACGGCCUGCUGGCCUAGCUUUGGGUGGAUCGUGCGACGGGGGUGCACCGAGUUUCCCUUGAGCUCUUGCUCGUCGGCCUGCCGAUGAGAUUCCUGGUGGUUCUUGCGGUGUUCACGGGGGCGCAGAUGCCCACGGAGCUUCUGGUGCACACGGUGGUGAUCGUGGCAUUCCUGCUGGUGCGGAUGGUCAUGGAGGAUUUGGUGCAUCUGAUCGUCGGCUUGCCGAUGGAUCUUUAGGUGGACGCGAUGAUGCUCGCGAUCCCCUGCUGGUCCUUCCGCCUCGCAAAAGGCCCGCGAAGAAGACAGCGACGACGUAGACUUUUCUGAGGUUCCUGUUUUCCCGAAUCGUGCCGAGUCUAGCGCAGGGCAGUUCGCAUUCGUGCGUGGGUUUCUUCCUGCAAACCCCAGUAUCGAAUACAAGGCAAUACCUCUGUUCAUGCACAAGCCGUACACGGACGCUACAGCGAUGACCUUCUUUUUCGAAUCGCCCGCCACGCAUUUUGAUGGUAAGUUGGAUACUUUGCCUUCCCCAGCUUGCUUGGCUAAUCCUGGAUCACAAAGCCCGUGCACAUGUGGCGCAAUGUAGCAGAGGCAGUUGUAUGGUAGCGGCUGCGGCGGAAGUCCUCGCGGCGCUCGGCGCCGAGAGCGCGGAGGCCGAGACAAAGAAGAAACCGAACUCACAGACGAAGACGAAAGGCGCUGGGGGUGGGUGCA